GGUUGUCUCAAAUGAAGCUAAAGAGCUAAGAAGUGGAGAGUUUAAUAGGAGCUCAGCACAAUCCUCAACAAAGAAGAAACUGAGGGGGGAAACUGUAAUAUAGGGCUCACUACUCAUUUAGAACAUUAAAAGUUUGUUUUUUUUUAAAUAGAAAAGUUGAUACUCUGUAGUGAGCAGUUCAAGAGCCUUUUUUUGUUUUAAAAAAGGCGCUUUCCUCUUAGUGAAGUCACACAACUGAACAGCCAUGGCGCCCUCUCUUGUCCAAGCCUACAGAAGGCGCUGGUGGAUGGCGGUGACGGCGGUGAUUGAAAACCUGCUGUGCUCGGCCGUGCUGCUGGGCUGGGCCUCCCUUCUGAUCAUGCUGAAGAGGGAAGGCUUCUACUCCCACCUGUGCUCGGGGAAUGAGACCCUGGUCAACUCCUCACACGGGGAGGUGGAAAAGUGGCUCAGCUGCGUGGAGCAGGAGGAGAUGCUCAAUCUGGGCUUCACCAUAGGUUCCUUCCUGCUCAGCGCCACAACUCUGCCACUCGGAAUCCUGAUGGACAAGUAUGGUCCUCGUCCAAUUCGGCUGGUGGGCAGCUCAUGUUUUGGCUUGUCGUGUAUUAUAAUGGCCGCAUCUGCCUACAAUCCUUAUGAUCUGUCCCCACUCAUCUUCUUGGCUCUUUCCCUGAACGGCUUCGGAGGCAUCUGCCUGACCUUCACUUCCAUCACGCUUCCCAACAUGUUUGGCUCUCAGAGCUCCACCAUCAUGUCUCUGAUGAUCGGCUCCUACGCCUCCUCUGCUGUCACCUUCCCAGGCGUGAAGCUGAUCUACGACGCAGGGGUGUCAUUCCAGGUCAUCAUGUGGAUGUGGGCCGGCCUGGCAGGCUUUGUCUUUUGUAACUGUUUUCUCAACUGGCCGGCGGAGGGCUUCCCCACACCUGACGAGGUGGACUACAGCAAGAUCCUCACUCUGCAAGAGUUGCCGUCAUCGGAGCAGAAGACUGUCGGAGAGAGGCUGGGACAGAAAAACGGAGACAUCCGACACUCCACGGAAAAGCUUCCUAACGGUCCGGACACGGCGCCCAAUGCCGUUCCUUUCCGCCGGUCUGUGUUCUCCCCCAUCUUCCUGUGGAGUCUUAUCACCAUGGGGAUGACGCAGCUCAGGAUCAUCUUUUUCAUGGGGGCAAUGAACAAGAUGCUGGAGUUCAUGGUAACACAUGGAGUAGAUCAUCCAACUGAUCAAAUGGUGCUUGAGGCGAAGGAGAAAGUUAACUUCUACUCGUCCAUCUUUGGCACACUGCAGCUGCUUUGCCUGCUCACCUGUCCUCUGAUCGGCUACAUCAUGGACUGGAAGAUGAAGGAGUGUGCGGAUGACAAGCCUAACUCCUCUUGUUCAGACAAAGGGCCGACAAGUGGACCCACAAGAGAUCGUAAGAUCCAGAAGCUGACCAACGCCAUGAGGGCCUUCGUUUUCACCAACAUUCUGUUGAUCAUUUUUGGAUUCUGCUGUCUCAUUGACAACCUGCCUCUACAGAUUCUGACCUUCAUCCUCCACACAAUGGUCCGAGGCUUCAUCCACUCCUGCUGCGGGGGCCUCUACGCUGCUGUCUACCCGUCCAACCACUUUGGCACCCUGACGGGGCUCCAGUCCAUGAUCAGCGCGGUGGUGGCCCUGCUGCAGCAGCCGCUCUUCAUCAUCAUGGUCGCACAUCUGCACGCAAAUGCUUACUGGAUCAACGUGGGCCUGCUGGUACUCUCAUUUUUCGGCUUCCUGUUGCCAGGUUAUCUGUUCUACCACCGCAGAAACCUGCUCAGGGAAAAGAAGGUCAGGGACAAGCAGCGCGCCAGUCAGGAGAUGCAGGCCCUAAAGCACUCGGAGGCCAACGGCCACAAACCUCACACCAACGGCUUCACUUCUGCCGAGGCCUGAGCAACAGCAGAGGAACUGCUAGACCUGUUGUCCCGCACGCCCCUGAAAUGACCAUCCUCCUUCAGAGGCUUUUUAUUUUAUUUCUAUUUUUUUAGUCAAUGCUUUUUCCCAAAUCGCUCAUCACAAAGAAAACCACAGAGUCGUUUUGUUGCAACUCAGUCAGAUGUAUACUUAUCUUUUCUUAAGUUUACGGACGAGCUGUGUCAUCAUCAUUUCUUAAUGUUUAUUUAUUGUGGUUCGAGUCCAAGAGGCAAAUCCAAGUGUCAAUUAAAGCCAUAAAGUUCAACUGCAAGCAUAUGCAAAGACAGCAGUACUUGAAGUGCUAUUUUUCUAGUUUUCUGACAAUCACGACCGUUAUUGCUAACACCAAAGAACACUUGAAGUCGUUAGAAAAGUUUCCUCUGUCUAGUCAGUAUUGUUUAAAAGUGCCUCAGUUGUGCUCUUUUCUACUGAAAGACUGCAUGACUAUCAGAAAGGCUGUUCAAAGAUCAAAGAACUUUUAAAAGGUCAAGAAUUCAGGAAAGUGGAGAGGUGGCACAUGUGAAUGGGCCUUUGGGUUUUAUUUCUGAGCCCAUUCACACACACACACACACACACACGUAAACAAUGUAAAAGAAAGGCUGGUUGUUGCGAUACUCCAUCUACCUCCUUUCCCUUUUUGUACUGUCUCCAGGGCAGACGUCUAUCUGUCCAUCUUUCUCCACAUUUGGAAAUAAUGAAUUGAUUUUAAAUGCCCUUUGUGAAAAAAAAAACAUUUUCUAUGUGCCUCUACAGGUGAUGAUAAUUCACACAUUUAUUUUCUGUCAUGUUUAUAUAUAUAUAAAGGAAAACCAUUUUUUUAAAAGAAAAAAUGUGACUGAUUUGGGUCAAUGUGACACACAGUGUGUGUCAAUAUUUUUGGAACACUUUAUACUGCUUUAUGCACAGAAAUGAACUAGUGUGUAUAAAAUGUGUAUUUAAGUGUCUUUUUUAUACUUAUAGUUGCAGUAGCAUUAAAAAGGGAAAAUAAUUGUGUAGUAGGCUUAUUAUAAGAGAAGCUCAGAUGAUUUUUCUUUGUAUUCUUUUUCUUUAUUGUCAUGUAUUGAUUUAGGAGAUAGCUAACCUUCUGCAAAUUUGUGUUUUGUAAAUAGAACUGAGGUGUGUUGUGUAUUUUAUGAUGUUUUUUGUGUGUUUGUUUUACUAUAAAUGAGCGUGUACAGAAUAAGACCCAUAACCAAGAAGAUGCUGGCUGUGGUUCCAUUUAAAAAAAGAAAAAGUGAUUUCACGUGUGACUUUUGAGAGGAGAUAGCUGCAGCCAGCAGUUCCCAUGUGUCGAUCAGCAUCAGAACAAUUUGAAGAUUCCCCAAAGUGAGAACAUAUUGUUUGAUGUGCCUGCUUCUGUGUGGCCGCUAAAAUCUUUUGCAUUGUAUAUUUUAACUCGUUUUCUUUUUGCCUAGUUUUCUUUGAUUCAUUUUGCUCGGUUUUAAAGCUUUUAGCUGUUACAUUCUGCUCAGCUUUGCACUGUUGGACUCAUUUUGUUUCAGCCUUGUGUUUUUAUCGCAUUAGAAGUGAAUUUAUGAUUAAUGCCUCUGCCAAACAUCUUUCUCUAAAUACCAAAGCCAUCUCUAGGGGACUAAAGUUAGUCAGUGCAUGUGACCUCAGGAGAGCGUACAGGAACAAUAUAACGAGCAUUAGUCGUAAAUAAAUUGCCAUUAGAUCCAGGUUUGAGCUGGUAAAUGCCCUACAACUCAAAGUGACCUCCUCAUGCCUUUACAUGUGGACUUAACAUCAGCUAUCCGAGUGGUUGAGGUUUGUUUCAUCAUGUCCUUCAGAAUCUUCAAAAACAAAACCUCACAUGCACAGUUGUUCUUCUAACUGUAUCUUUGGGACUGUCUUUCUAAAUUGAUCUUUCCAACAUUAAAUCAGUUUGUCCAGCAUAUGCAUUUGAUAAGGUAAUAAAUACUUUGUAAUUUUAAACAUAA